CCUUCCUGCCUGCAAACGGGAUCCGUAAGCCCUACCUUCCUGGAGCCGCCGCAGUCCCGGAGCCGCACGCUCCGUAUCCUCGGAAUCGAGAGGCCUCGGACCCCGGAGACCCUACGCCCCGAAGCUCCCCGAAUCCCUUGGUGCCCUGCUCCGCACGCGUGUCCCCGCCCCCUCCCCAGAGUCCCGGCAGCGGCCGCCCAACCCGGCGGAGAACGCGGCCCUCGUCCAUUCCACUGGGGCCAUGGCCGCACCCGACCUGUCGACCAACCUCCAAGAGGAGGCCACCUGCGCCAUCUGCCUCGACUACUUCACGGAUCCAGUGAUGACCGACUGCGGCCACAACUUCUGCCGCGAGUGCAUCCGGCGCUGCUGGGGUCAGCCCGAGGGCCCGUACGCCUGCCCCGAGUGCCGCGAGCUGUUCCCGCAGAGGAACCUGCGACCCAACCGCCCGCUCGCCAAGAUGGCCGAGAUGGCGCGGCGCCUGCACCCACCGUCGCCGGUUCCGCAGGGGGUGUGCGCAGCGCACCGCGAGCCGCUGGCCGCCUUCUGCGGCGACGAGCUGCGCCUUCUGUGCGCGGCCUGCGAGCGUUCGGGGGAACACUGGGCGCACCGCGUGCGCCCGCUGCAGGACGCGGCCGAAGACCUUAAGAUCAAGCUGGAGAAAUCCCUGGAACACCUGCGGAAGCAAAUGGAGGAUGCGCUACUGUUCCAGGCCCAAGCGGAGGAGACCUGCUCCCUGUGGCAGAAGAUGGUGGAGACGCAGCGGCAGAACGUCCUGACAGAGUUUGAGAGGCUGCGCCGUCUGCUGGUGGAGGAGGAGCAGCUGCUGCUGCAGAGGCUGGAGGAGGAGGAGCUGGAGGUGCUGCCCCCCUUGAGGGAGAGCGCGGCCCGCCUCGGUCAGCAGAGCGCCCAGCUGGCUGAGCUGAUCGCCGAGCUGGAGGGCCGCUGCCAGCUGCCUGCACUGGGGCUGCUGCAGGAUAUCAGGGACACCCUGCGCAGAGUCCAGGACGUGAAGCUGCAGCCUCCUGAGGUGGUACCUAUGGAGAUGAGGACUGUGUGCAGGGUCCCUGGGCUGGUGGAGGCCUUGCGGAGGUUCCGAGGGGACAUGACCUUGGAUCCUGACACGGCCAACCCGGAGCUGGUGCUGUCUGAGGACAGGAGGAGCGUGCGGCGCGGGGACCUGCGGCAGGCCCUGCCCGACAGCCCCGAGCGGUUCGACCCUGGGCCUUGUGUGCUGGGCCGGGAGCCCCUGACCUCGGGCCGCCACUACUGGGAAGUGGAGGUGGGGGAGCGGGCCAGCUGGGCCCUGGGUGUCUGCAGAGAGAACGCCAACCGCAAGGAGAAGGGCGAGCUGUUCGCUGGCAAUGGCUUCUGGAUCCUGGUGUUCCUGGGAAGCUACUACAACUCCUCCGAGCGAGCUUUUGCCCCUCUCCGAGACCCACCCCGGCGCGUGGGCAUCUUUCUGGACUACGAGGCUGGACACCUGUCCUUCUACAGUGCCAGUGAUGGGUCACUCUUGUAUACCUUUCCUGAGACGCCCUUCUCGGGGACCCUGCGGGCCCUCUUCUCUCCUCUCUCCAGCAGCCUGACCCCUAUGACCAUCUGCAGGCUGAAAGGCGGGCCCGGGGACGGACUUGCUCCCCAGUGAGCAGGCCUCUCGCAGCCCCUUGUCCUGCCUUCUGAGUCUGCGAGAUGCUUGGAAAACCCAAGGGGAGGCUGCUUGUCUUCUGAGCUAUGGAAAGCACCCAUAGGAGCACUCAGAUCGAGAAGCAAACUGAACUCUGUCACUGCCACUCCCAGGAAGCCAUGGAUGAGUGUGUGCAGGCUGGGCUUUCCUCGCCCCAGGACCCCGCAAGGUCAUCAGGUGCUGAGACCCCAUUCACCAGUGCAUCACACCCAUAGUCCUUUGCGGAGCCCGGAGCCUGGGGCCUCAGCAGCCCGCCCUGCCCAGCCUCAGUCUCGGGUAAGAGAUGAGAGCCUGCAGAAUUUACUCAGGCUGCAGUGUGAGCCCCCAGGCCCUGGGGCCACCCCUUGAGAAAGCUACUAUCUUGUGAGACUGCUGGCCAUGAGGUGGUUCAAAGCCCACCAGCCUGACUCGGAGUCUGGUCCAAACUGCUGGGGAAGUCUGUGGUUGUCUCUGAUUGUUUGGGGGUGCAGCAGAGUCCUCAGGUGAGAGGUGAUGUGGAAAGUGAGUCACCGAAUAAAGGGGUUGAUUAAGACACACAGACGUCCUCAAAUCGCCCUGAGCGUGGCCCACCCAGGGCUUCUGGGAAAAGGUCCUUCCCUGGUCCCAGGCGCAGAGGUUCAGUUCUGGGAGCUCUGAGUGCAUGGAAGUGAGUGUGAAGCUCAGAAGGGACACAGCUUCAGUUUCCACCCAAGUGGCACUGAGGAGAGCCGGCUGGCCUUGCCCUCUCAGGCGUGUCUCCAGUGACCUGUGGGGCUAUCCCCGAACUCAGCCCAGAGUGUCACUCCUGCCUGGGGCAGGGGGUGAGGCCACAGACAGCCCUGGCUUACAGAAUCCAGGGUUCGUUUUUGCUUUAAGUUUUGACACUUCUUCACCCUUCUCAAGAAGGUGUGAUGCAAUGUCUCUGCACCCCUAGAUUUUGAUUAAUUGUAAGGGCCAUUCUCAUAGUAAAUAAACUAACAGUUGUCCUUUAGGUUGGAAAGUGGGGAAAUCCUCCAGAGGGCCCACCCUCGGGGAGGGGAUGCAGAAGCAGGAUGCUCACUGGCCAAGUCAGGGAUGUAGCUGCUGUCCGCACAAGCACAGCAACUCCCAGAUACCAUCUCCAUGUUCUUUGACUCAGCACGUGUGUUCAUUUCCUGUGGAUACUGUGGGGAUUUUUUCCUUUUUACAGAUAACCUGAUAAAUAUUUCCUAUGUUCCACUGUG